CUGCGGCUCCGCUCCGGCGGAGGAAUUUGCCCCCGCUCCCUGGGCCCUUCUCUGCUGCUGGCCGAGGCGGCUACGAUGUCUCAAGAUGGCGGAGGCGGCCGAGCUGAAGGAGACAGAGUGUAACCACCAUUACCCACCAACAGAUCCCGGAAUAUGAAAUUGUCCUUGCACAUGGUUAUGAGCUUUAGAGUGUCAGAGCUCCAAGUGCUUCUGGGUUUUGCGGGCCGAAACAAGAGCGGGCGGAAGCAUGAGCUGCUCACCAAGGCUUUGCAGUUGCUGAAGUCUGGCUGCAGCCCGGCGGUUCAGAUGAAAAUCAAGGAGUUGUACCGGAGACGGUUCCCCCGGAAAAUCCUCACCCCGUCGGACUUAUCCAUGCUUCACCUCCAGGCAGGACAGCUGCCGUCGGCCACGGCGCUGACCCCGGGUGCCAUGUGCCACCUGCCCUACGAUAACGGGUCGGUGGCCUCCGCCGUGCCGGCUGGCAUGUUGCCCCCGGUGCCAAUGUUGGGACCCAAACACGAGGCGGACGUUCCACACCUCUCACCCCCCAUCCAUCCGGUGCAUCCGGACGUCAAAAUGAGGCGGCUGCCCUUUUACGACGUCUACGAUGAACUCAUCAAGCCCACCACCUUGGCUUCCGUGAACAGCCAGAGGUUCGAAGAGGCUCAUUUCACCUUUGCCCUGACCCCUCAGCAGGUGCAGCAGAUCCUCACCUCUCGUGAUAUCUUACCUGGUGCCAAAUGUGAUUACACUGUACAGGUACAAUUGAGGUUUUGUUUGUGUGAGACCAGCUGCCCGCAAGAGGACUAUUUUCCUCCCAAUUUAUUUGUCAAAAUCAACGGAAAACUCUGCCCUCUUCCGGGUUAUCUCCCCCCCACAAAAAACGGCGCAGAGCCCAAGAGACCCAGCCGACCCAUCAACAUCACCCCUCUGGUGCGGCUUUCAGCAACUGUCCCCAAUACGAUCGUUGUAAACUGGUCCUCUGAGUUUGGCCGGAAUUACUCCCUCUCUGUCUACUUGGUGAAGCAGCUGACGUCGGUGACAUUGCUACAGAAACUGAGGGCCAAGGGAAUCCGAAACCCGGAUCAUUCACGAGCCCUGAUCAAAGAAAAAUUGACAGCCGAUCCUGACAGCGAGAUAGCGACGACCAGUUUACGGGUUUCCCUCAUGUGCCCGCUGGGCAAGAUGAGGCUAAUCGUUCCCUGUCGAGCGUUCACCUGUACCCACCUCCAGUGUUUUGACGCCGCGCUUUACCUCCAGAUGAACGAGAAGAAGCCGACCUGGACCUGCCCGGUCUGUGACAAGAAGGCCCCCUAUGAGGCUUUGAUCAUUGACGGCUUGUUCAUGGAGAUCCUUAACUCCGUCACAGAUUGUGACGAGAUCCAGUUCAUGGAAGACGGCUCCUGGUGCCCCAUGAAGCCCAAGAAAGAGAACCAGGAGGUCUGCCAGCCGUCGGCUUACAACGGGCUGGAAGCUUCGCUGUACACGGUGGGCUCGGACGGGAAGCCGCUGGCCGAAAGCAAGAAGAAAGUCGAGGUCAUCGACCUCACGCUGGACAGCUCUUCAGACGAGGAUGAGCCCCCCGCCAAGAAGCAGUGCCCGGUCACCACGGCGGCCAUCCCGUCGGCAGCGGGGCCUAAGGGGGUCUUAAGUGCCGACCAUCAGCCCUCCUCGGUGCUGCGGAGCCCCCCAAUGGCAGCCGUGGGCAGCGACUACCUCUCCAGCCUCCCGAUACCCGACUACCAUUACCAGGUCCCCUCAGACAUCCAAGGUCUGGAUUUGUUUUCCUUCCUUCAAAGUGAAAAUCAGCAUUACAGCCCUUCCGUGAUCACCCCCCUGGAUGACCAAGACACGCUGAGCCACUUCUUCCAGUACCGUGGCCCCUCCCCGCAUUUCAUGAACCCCCUCGCCCCGGUGGUGGUGGGCUCCCACGGCACCGUCAGCUCCCCCACCAGCAGCCGCAUGAACAGCGUGGUGUCUUCCCCCGCCGCGCCCUUGCGGGAGGGCCACGCGCACAGCGGCGCCGUGGGGGGCAGCCCGGUUUUGCCCGGCUGCCGGCCGGAUAUCAUCUCUCUAGACUAAACCCUGGCAGAAGUUUUAGACUCUUUGUGCAGCUUCAUUCCUCCGCGGUUGAGAGAAGGAAAAAAAAAAAAAGGAAGAUUUCGGGGAGCCGGGUUCCUGCGGCACCUUGGAAGGAGGGGGAGCCGGGUUCAGGUCUUCCCUUCCCACGUCACGGUCCUGUGUGCGUGCUGCGAUUCUGCGCACAGCCUGGAAAACGGAAGUUUUCAGAGCCCCGGAAUGGAAGUUUUCGACUGUUUCAUUGCCGCGUUUCUGGCCUUGAGAGGGGCUUGUGGUCAACAUCCGAUGAAAAUCUCCGAAGCCUGAAGGAUGGGUGAGCUGGGGCUUCGUUUCGGUCAGUGGGCGGGGUUUCAUCUGCCCAAUGGCGUAACGGAAGCAGGCUUAAUUAGGCAAAGUGAGCCCCGACAUCUGCAGAAUCUACCCAAAUGGCAAAAUCCCACGUUUACCUUGGGCGUAAAACCUGGGUUGCAAAUAGGCAGGAUUUGAUACGAUUCGACUUAACUCCUUGGCCCGGGAUAUAGGGGAAAUCAAGCACCUUGGUUUUAACCCACUAGUGUUAAAACGGGUUGUGUUUGCAAAUGACAAGGUAAAUUAUAAUGGACCAAUUCACACCUGCAUAAAGAUGUGCAAGUUUUCCAAGUUUCACAGAACUCUGUUGGGGAGAGACAUGUGUCCAUUGAAGAGUUAUGUGAACUCAAAUGCUGUAUAAAACCUGCCAACCAAAGUCCACCCCAUCCAUCCCCCCACCCCCACCCCCACCCCCCGCAAAUAUGUCUUGUAACUUUUUAUUAUUUUUAUCCCGGCACCUUGGCACAACAUGUUUUGCAGGGCCAGCCGGCACUUGAAAGAUCGUAAUUUGGACACGAAAAACACGAGGCCAUGGUCAGAAACGUGCACCUGUCUCUGCUUAACCAUGGUUUAGCAUUAAAUGCACAAUGGGCCUGUUCCGACGACACGCUAAGCCAUGGUUUGUCCGCUAACCCCUUUGCAGCAAAUGGUUAGUGAGUGUGUUUAAACUGUGGUUAGGUAUGGUUCACCUGACACGCUCAGCCAUAAAGUUAGCUCAAAAUGCUUAAUCGCAUAUCUGCAUAUUGACAACUGUGGUUACCUUUAUAAAUUAGAAUUUGAGCGUGAAAUUGCAGACCGCUGUCGCAAGAAUAUGUGGUUUUCCUUAACCACAGUUUAUGUCAGUCUGCACGUAAUGCUAAACUGUGGUUAAUGCCAACAAGCCAAGAGAAAGGGAACUAACAGCAGAAAGGAGGGGUGGGAGACGGUGACCCAGUUCACAUGGUCACCGCAGCCCAGUAUGAUUCAAGCUGCAGGGCAUGUGGGCGGCCAUUUUGAAUAUUCAAGCGGCAACCCCGGCUUGCUGUUAUCCAAACCCCUAAAAUAAGCCAUGUGUUAUAUGUGCGUUGUUUAACCGUUACACAAUCCACCCCUGCUGUUUU